CGCACCGCGCUCAUCCUGGCCUGCGCUGGCGGGCACGGGCGCAUCAUCAAGCUGCUGCUGCGCAAGGGAGCCGCCAUCAACGCGCAGGAUGCGCGGGGCUGCACGCCGCUACAUAUCAGCGUGCUGAACGGGCACAAAGCUGUGGCGCGGCACUUGCUUGAGGCAGGGGCGGACGCGCUGCGCUGCAACAACGCGGGCACCACAGCCGCGGAGCUCAUCACCGCUUGGGCUCACCAACAGCGGCCUGCCGCAGCAACAGCACAAUUGACCUGA